AUGAUUGAGCAGUUUCAGCAGUUCCUUGCAUCUCAGCCGCAUGCCAUGUCAGCUUCAUCUCAGAUAGGUUUGUCAUCUAAUUUGUCAGGUGUAUCUUCUUCCUCUUGGAUUUUAGAUUAUGGUGCUUCGAAUCAUAUGUCACAUAAUUUGUCAUCUUUUACUUCUUUGAUCCCUAAAGUUUAUGUUCUUGUCAUGAAUGCUAGUGGUACACCUAUACCCUUGCAAGUUGUUGGUUCAUUUAUUACACCUUCUUUGUCCUUAUCUAAUGUUUAUCACAUUCCUAGUCUUACCUUAAAUCUUGCUUCCGUUGGUCAAAUUUGUGAUAAUGGUGGAGAAUAUACGUCUCAUGCUUUUAAGGAACUUCUUUCUUUAGAUGGCACAAUUUACCAAACUUCUUGCAUUGAUACUCCUGAACAAAAUGGGAUUGCUGAAAGAAAACAUAGGCAUAUUCUUAAGACUGCUAGAUCACUAAUUCCUAUUUCUCAUAAUUCUGGCUUGUCUCCUUAUGAGAGAUUGUAUAGUUGUCUCCCAGAUUAUUCUUCUCUUCGUGUUUUUGGUUCUACAAGCUUUGUUCUUCUUCCUCAUGUUCAACGGAGUAAAUUAACUUCACGGUCUGCUAUAUGUGUAUUUCUUGGUUAUGGUGCAAGACAAAAGGGGUAUCGUUGUUUUGAUCCAGUCAGUCAUAAGUUAUAUGUUUCUCGUCAUGUUGUCUUUCUUGAACAUAUUCCUUAUUUUACGAUUCCUGACCGCUUUCACAGUAUAUCUAUGCAUGAUCUAUUUUGCAUUGAUCCUUUUACUGUUGAUGAUAAUGAGGUACCUCCUGCUAAGAAUCCUAACACUCCUAUUGGCCCCCUCAACUACAGUCCCUAA